UAUUGCCGAGGCCGAAUCUAUAGUAAAUUCUAGACCGUUAACUUCAAUUCCUCUAGAAAGCCCCAGCCAGGAAGCACUAACUCCGAAUCACUUUAUCCUGUUGAGCUCGAACGGUGUCAUCCAGCCUCCAACAACACUAGCGGAACCAACAAGAGUGACCCGUACCAAUUGGAACAUGGCUAGGCAGCUUAUGGAUCAAUUCUGGCGUCGAUGGAUGAACGAAUAUCUGCCGACUCUCGCUAAUAGGACCAAGUGGUUCGGCGAGACGAAAAACCUGGAAAAGAACGAUCUCGUGCUGAUUGUAAACGAAGGUCAACGCAACGGAUGGUUGAGAGGCCGGGUCAUAACGACGAUCCCUGGACGCGAUGGCCGGAUUCGUCAGGCUUGGGUACAGACAACGGAAGGCGUGUUCCGGCGACCAGUUUCCAAGCUGGCAGUACUCCAGGUGCAAGGUAAUGGUAACGCAGAGUCGGUAGGUACACCGGAAGUGCGUCACGGGUCGGGGGAUGUUGCGACCACUGGCAGCACGGCCAAUAUCCCUCCGGCAAUCCGGCUCUCUCAACAAAGGGAUACCGUCAACGUCAACCGUCAACCUCGACAGCAGCGAAACGAAUGUCAUGGAAUAGCGAAAACAGAUGAUAACAAAGUGAUGCUUUGAUAACGUGGCUCCUAUAUGAAUAUUGUAGUUUCGUAAAUUGAAUUCAUAAACGUAAUAAUAUUAUUUUUCACUGGUAUUUCGCUUCUGAACUUGAUCUACUUUCCUGUUAGCAAUACUGUAACCUAAAAGUAGGAGAUCGACAUCCCAGAAUUUAUAGAAGUGAAACUUAUAUUAUUGGUCAGGUUCCGGUAUUCUUACUACUGGCACUGUAAGUAGGAUUUGUUCUAUACCAGCAAUUCGGUGUUUCUCAUAACUAUGUUGUAAUUAGGUCUAGUACAUUACCUUACUGGAAAAGGCGCAAAAAUCAGCUGAGCUUGAAUACGUAGA